GCUAGGGUUUUACACAACCCUAAUUCUCAUACUUCCUCUAUAGCCGACAGGUUUUUUUAUCCAGAUUUUUGAUAGAACAUCAAAGCCAAAAUGCAGAACGAAGAGGGAAAGAUCACCGAGCUCUACAUUCCUAGGAAGUGUUCUGCCACAAACCGACUCAUCACUUCCAAGGACCACGCCUCGGUUCAGAUUAACAUCGGCCACUUGGAUGAGAAUGGCAUCUACACCGGCCAAUUCUCCACUUUCGCUCUCUGCGGUUUCAUCCGUGCUCAGGGAGACGCCGACAGUGCUUUGGAUAGGUUGUGGCAGAAGAAGAAAGCAGAAGUUCGACAGCAGUAGAAAAUGCUAUUUUUCUUCUUGAAAUUUUAUGUUUGUAAUUAAUUUUAGUUUUAUCCCGAAUUAUGGAUGUUGAUGGUUGCCUCUGUCAAUUUUUUUUUAAAAAAAUUAUAUAUGGAAUUUGAGUGUCGCUUGAGAGUUUUCAUUCCAAUCUAAUCGGUUUCCUUUGAGCAAUAA